AUGACCUUUGAGAAGGAGUAUUCAAGUGCCACAAAAGAAGCAAGAACAGUUCCUGGGCUGAGCAAUGUGAUUACAGAAACAACACUUACCCCCUCCCCGGUGCCAACCAUCACCCCAACCCCCACUCCUACCCCUGUGUACACGUGUCAGGACGAUCCAUGUCAGAAUGGCGCUACGUGUACCGAGGAGGUCGUAAACGGACAGACUGUUGCACGCUGUGAAUUGAGAAUAGUGACCCCAAAGUUCCUGACCAACUCGUACCUGGAGUUUCCUGCCUACACUGUCCAGGAGAGUAACACCAUCCAGGUCAGCUUCCGUACGGCCCACGAGAACGGAACACUGCUGUACGCGGUACAGGACUACAGAACGCCACAGGCAGCCGCUUAUUUCAUUCACCUGUAUGUGGAGAAUGGAGUCCUCUAUUACCACUUUUCCUGUUUCAUCGAGCGUUUCCUCGUGGAUACCAACGCUCUGGUGAAUCAUGGAAAUGAAGUCUCUGUCACCAUUGAGCACAUAUCCAGACCCGGUUGCCAAGCAACAGUAACCAUUGACAACGGCAUCCCCGCCCAAGCCGGUCGUCCAACCUACUUUUUCAACAACGUUGGGGAACAGAUGGGACCUGUGUAUAUGGGAGGAGUUCCACCGACCUUCGACCCUUUGAUAUCAAGUCUACCCGUAUACGACUUCCAGGGAUGUGUCUCUGAGUUGAUCAUCAACGCAGUCCCGUACGACUUCCUUUACUCGCUCGUCGGAGAGAACGUGGAGGAAUGUGACGUGCUUCCCACCCCGCUCCCAGGGCCUACUGUGCCGCCUCCUCCUACUUGUAGCGAGACGCGGUGCGAGAACGGCGGGACGUGUCGCGACGUGACGACAGGAGGCGUGCUGCAGUUCGAGUGCGACUGUCGGCUUCACUUCACAGGGGACAGGUGUGAGCAAGAUCUAGUUGUGUAUUUCCCAUCAUUCUCUGGGAACACAUACCUACAGUACGCACCCCUGGACCUGACCCAGCAGUACACAAACAACAUCGUUGUCAUGUUUAAAACUACCGCCACGGACGCCACCAUUUUGUAUGCAGCAGAGGAUGAUGGGAUUGCUGGCUCUGUGGGAGCCAACAGCGAUGCAGAAUUUGUUCACCUGUACAUUGAAGAUGGGACUUUGUGGUACAGGUUCAGCUGUGGAAGAGGCAUGGUUCUUGUCAUAAACACAGAAAUCACCGUCAAUAACGACUUGAUGACAUCGGUUCUUAUCCAACAAAGCCGCCCCCGCCCCAUUGGUAACAACAUCCGCGGCAUGUGCAGCGCGUCUGUGCAGGUGAACGGGUCAGCACCCGUGUCAAACGAGGUCAGGACGUACUUUGCACAGAAAUCCCUCGGACCUCUCUACCUGGGGGGUCUGCCCUCGGAUCUGACGGCAGUGCCUACAGCAGGACCCGUGGUGAACUUUGAGGGUUGCAUCGGAGCCCUUCAGGUCAACGACCUUGAGUAUGACCUCUUCAGUGACGCUGCGGACGGAGAGAACGUGGGAGACUGUGUGGCUCAUUCCAUCUGUCAGUUCAUACCCUGCAGAAAUAACGGAACUUGCAGACUAGAUGCGGAUGGCCAGUAUUUCUGUGACUGCCCUAAGAACGGGACCAACCAUCCCCUGUACAGCGGGGAGCUUUGUGAGCGGGAUGUGUGUUCUUCAAACCCGUGUGCUCACGGUGCAACCUGCCUCCCACAGACUGACGGGAGAGUUGUGUGUCUGUGCCCAUAUGGUCGAGGAGGGAUCACUUGUGAGGAUGCGUUGAACAUCACUCGUCCAUCCUUCACUGGGGAGCAUUUUGGGUACAGCUCAUACGUUGCCUACCCACAAGUCCUUGGGCUUAACUUCUUCUUCGAAGUCCGCUUCAGUUUCGCUCUCGCCAACAACGACUCUGCUCUGACCAGUUCCCUUAUGUUGUACACUGGACAAGCAAACCAAGUUCCAGGUUGGGGAGAUGACUACCUUGCUUUGGGCAUAGAGAACGGACAUGUUGUCCUUACAUUUGACCUGGGGUCAGGCCCUGCCUACAUAAGAAGCUCCUCUCCCCUGGACUUGACCUUGCCCUAUCACACGGUGACCUUGGGACGGGAGAGCAAGGUCGGUUGGUUGUCGGUGGAUAGCGCGGCAAAUGUCACAGGCGAAUCACAGGGUGAUUUGAUAGGACUGAACCUAGCACAGGGGGAGCAGCUGUUCCUGGGUGGAUACGACAUGUUUCAACUGGCACUGAUGCCAAACACUGUCAACUUCACGUCUGGAUUCCAAGGGUGCAUCUAUGACAUGGAGGUUCGGACCCGACCAUCGGACGUGUGGCAGACCGUGGGUCAUGUGCAGUCUGGUCGGAUGGUGGGACAGUGCUCGGUGUCGGAAUGUGCCCUGAACACCUGCCACAACAGGGGCACCUGUGUGGACAUGGGCGCAUCUUUCAGAUGUGAGUGCCAGGCUGGAUGGAAGGGCCUGCUGUGUGCGGAUGAGGAGACGGUGUGUGACACGACCAGUCCGUGUGCCGCGGGGGCCAGCUGUGUUCCGCUGGGGCAGGCCUACAGGUGUGACUGUCCGCUGGGAACCAAUGGCACAGACUGUCGACAGAGUGUCACCAUCAGCGAUCCUUCCUUCGGUACGAGAGGUCAGGGGUCAAUCUCCUUCAUGUCGUUCCCGAGACAGAACCUCCGCGUGGAAACCCAGAUCGUGUUGGAGUUCCAGCCCGGCGCGCAAAACGGAAUCCUCUUCUACGCAGCUCAGAACUUAAACUCCCGUGCUGGAGACUUCAUCUCCCUUUCACUCUUCGACGGUUUUGUCGAGUUUCGCUACAAUUUGGGUUUAGAGCCGACGGCAGUCAUACGCAGCGGACAGCGUAUCAACACGUCCGGAAAUACAUGGUAUGUUCUAGAAGCUGGGCGAACAGGGAAGGACGGAUACCUGAGAAUAAACGGAGAGGAGGUAACAGGAGCGACCAAUCAGGCGAUGGUUGGACUGGACAUUAGGACAGACUUCUAUCUGGGCGGUGUACCGUAUUUGGACCUAGUCGCAAACAUGGCGGUGGAGGACGACCCAUCUGGAUUCGUCGGCUGUGUACGACGGCUGGCGGUGAAUGCAAGGGAAUAUGACUUGACGGAAAAUGGAGCCACCGAGGGUAUGAAUGUAGGGGACUGUGAUGGUACAGCAUGUGGAUCUAAUGUCUGUAGAAACAAUGGUGUUUGCCAGCCAAUCGGAAUCAGCGACUUCAGUUGUGACUGUGUGCAGCCGUACGUUGGUGAGACGUGUGAGGAGCAGGCAUCCUGUGCUAACCACGGUUGCCGUAACAACGCCACCUGUGUCGCCACGGAGACACCUGGCGGCCACACCUGUGCCUGUGGACUGGGGUGGGAAGGGGAAAACUGUACUGAUGCCAUAACCUUCCAGAGUGCGAGGUUUGAGGGAGACGGGCACAUCUUCUACCAGGACCCUGACCACGCCCUCAGGAACCCAACCAUCACACAGCUGUCACUCAACUUCACUUCCACGCAGGGGGAGGGGCUUAUUCUCUGGAAUGGAAAGACUGACACAGAUGAUGAAGACUACAUGGGUCUUGGUGUGAGAGAUGGAAAACUACUUUUCAGUAUCAACCUGGGGUACCUGGCCAAGGAAACCAUCCAGUCAACAGCUGAUGUGGACGACGGCCUGUGGCAUUCAGUCAUCAUACAGAGGUCCAGAAGGGUGGUCACCAUGUACUUAGAUGGGCAGCCCUACCCUGCAGUUAACGGCAUUGAUGUAGGGGGCGCUUCAGUGGGCCUGAACACUGAUGGACUCUUCCACAUAGGUGGAUUUGAGCUGGGUGCGAACGUGACGGUGUCCACCUUUGGUCUGUACACGGCCGGCCUGACCGGCUGUGUGAGGGACGUCAUCCUUUACAGGGACUCGUCAGCGGUUAGUCUCGCACAGGCAGACCGUGGGAACAAUGUCUACAGCUGCGAUGGGAGAUGACAUUAGCAUUCACAGCUGCUUUCUCUAAAAUCUACGAAAAAAU